AGAAAGAAGAUGCUGGAGGUAAGCCAGGAAGGACCUUGCAAUGGAAGGGAAGAGAAAAAAAAGAAUCAAGGACAGAGGAGAGUGAAGUAUGGAGAAAGUCAACAACCAUAUCAAUGGAGAAAAAAGGCAGGGAGGAAAGGGCUGAAAGCAAUCAGUGCUGAUGGAUUAGAAGUAAUGAAAGGCCAAGUGACAGGGAAUGAGGGAGGGGCUAAUGGGCAAUGUUGAAGGAGACCAAGUGAUGACUGGAGAGCGGAACUCAGCACGGAGAGAUCAGAAAGCAGUUCUUGGUGAAUAUCACGUCAAAUCAGUUUUGACUCACUUUGAUUGGCAUGGCGAACUGACUUGCUACACAGAAAGAAAAAUAAGUCUAUUUUGCUCCUGGUUGCCUGUCCCCUGUGCUCCAAAAACUACUACUUAUACAAUAUUUUUAAAAUGGGAUAAAAUCCCGAGAUGUUUUGAAAGAACUACAGCAUCAACGUCCAUCACAAUAGAACGAAAAUUCCUUUACAUGAAUCGUUCUGUAAUUAUUUGGGUAUCAGCAAAUUACUCCCAUGAGAGCUCUGUGAAAACAAAGAACAUCUCCACUAUACUCAACAAGGCAGAGAAGUGUGCUAUACACUCCAUAAGUGCUCACCAGUUAUCAAACAGAUUAAUAAUUAAGUGGGACGCACCAAAAAAGUCUAUGCAAUAUGAACUGCAAUAUAAAGAAGCAUGUUCAACAUCCUCACAGUGGAUAUUGGUGCCCACAGCAAACGAUGCUGUCAAUGUGACUGUCUCCGAUUUAAACAGUACAUCUUCAUAUGUUAUUCAGCUCAGAUGCAGACCCAGUGAGGCUCACCACUGCGUUUGUGUUUGGAGCAAAGAGAUUUUAGUCCCUCAUAAGCUGAUUGACAAGCCAACAAUUUCAGCUAAUGAAACCAUAGAAAUCUCUCCAGGAAGAAUAAAUGUUUUUCUUCAGUGGCAGAUAACACAAAGCAGGAAUGUCAUUGGAUACUAUGUUAAUAUUGAAAGAAUACCCAACAGUUGCAAUGAUCAACCCGAACGCAUCAGCAUAACCGAGAGAAGACUGCAUCUGAAUCUCUCCAUGGCUUAUUAUCGGUUUAAUAUUUCUGCCUAUAAUGAAGCAGGAGAAUCUCCACAGAUCACUUAUGUUGUCCCAGAUUUCACCGCAACAGUUUUGCCUGGACAAAUCACUGCCAUACCACAAGGAAACAACACUAUUGUCACCUGGACUCCAGAAUACAUUCCAAAGUGUUUUGUGGUUGAUUGGGGCACUGGUAAAGAAGAUAUGCACAUGAAAAUAAUAACUAAGCCCAUGGGAAAUUUCACACUAGACCAUUUACAACCAUAUAAAUUGUACAAAAUAAUGGUGCAUGAAUCUGCCAUAUGUGAAUGUGAAAGUUUCAUGAGACAUGAGAGGACAUUUGGAGUGACCCACUUCUACUCAGUUCAAGGAGUUCCUAGGACAGGUCCAGCUACUGUGAACAUUUCAAAUAUCAUGAAGCAUUCUGCUAUUGUGAAAUGGACUGAAGUACCUGCAGAAGACUGUUUGGGCUUCCUCCAGGGAUACAGAAUCAACUAUACAGACACAAUGAAGAAUCUGUCUCUGGUUGUUGCUGUCAAUUCUUCUACCACCUGCUACCUGUUAACAGGACUUAAAGAAAAAACUGCCUAUACAGUACAAAUUUCAGGAGUCACCACUGCAGGAGAAGGAGCCCAAAGUCGUUCACAGUUUUUCACUACUCUGAAAUAUGAUAAAGGGGAAUUUGAAGGUAUUGUUGCUGUCUUUUGUCUUGGCAUCAUAUCCACCAUGUUUUUUCUACCCAUCAUUUGUUCUUUGAUGCUUAGAAGGUCAAGAAAAUUGUGCUGGCCGACUUUACCAAGUCCAAGAGACUGCAGUGCUAUCCAAGAUGUGGCAAGAAUCAUUCCAUGGGCUAACCAGGGACCCACUUCAAGGCUGUUGCUUCAAACACAAACAGACAAUGAUACUACCAGCCUUCAUGUGAUAGAAGAAGAUUCAAAGGCUUCUUUGAAGCUGCAGCCCUUUAGUGAGGACACAGAAGACAACAGUGAGUGCGAUGCAGGCCAGUCUGAAAGUGCUGGUGGUAGCCCAGACACCUGUCCAAGUCUUUUGAAAAUCUCUGAAAAAGCAACUGCAACCGAAAAAGAAAGAGUCAGCUCUAGCAUGAGGGCACCUCUCCUGAGUGAUUACACCAGCAUGGAAUUCAGUCAGAAAGCCAUGCUAAGUCUGGCGCUGAAUCUCCCUCCAUGGGCUGCCCAUCCUCAUAUGGAGGGGAAACUGAACAACAGGCCAGGAAAAGUGGAGCAACACACACUGUUUACUCCUCAAGACUAUGUGAAACAGAGCCAGGUGGUGUUUAUGCCAACUGGACCAACACUGAUGGAAAAAACCAGUUUGAGCUGAAGUCUCUCAAUGCCUCCCCGUGGCAUAGGAUCAAGCCCCAACACCUUUUGAUGCUUGAUUGGAGCGGUUACAAUAUUGUAGGAUGGUGAUUCUGUGAAUGUUGACACUUCUUUGCUUUAAUAAGUUCCACAGCUAAAGUAGUUUGUGUAUAUAGUUACAUUAGCCAUUUCAGGCCCUUGCUCUUACCACAAAUCAUACUCAACUAACUCUUGCAGUCAUGACAUGGACAAAGCUCCAGUCUGGGUCCUCAAAAGAUUUUCCAGCUGGAUAUGGCUCCUCGCUACUUUGAGUCUGAUUAUUUGUCAGUGUUAAUGUAGUAAAUGCAAUGUGGUCUAGUGACUCAACUGCAGCACUGGUAGACAAGAACCCUUGAUUCUAGUCCCAGCCUUGUUUUUGGUUUGCUGUAAGCAAGUCAAAAUUUCCAAAAGUGGCAUCUAAUUUUGGGUGAGCAAUUUGAGACAACUAAGAUCUGCUUUUCAGAGUUGGUUAACAAACCCCAUCAAUCUGUUGGAAAGGAAUCCAACCAACUUGUCUAGCUUUUGCAUUUGGGGGCAUUGUGGCAACUUUCUCAACGAGGUUCCUGUUCAUUCCUUCCAAAAGAUGUUCCUGAUCAGCUUGUGUGUUGGUCAUUGCAAAGGGUACAGAAAAUCCUCAAUAGCGGGAGAGCAAGCUUUCAUCCAUAUCACACUGGGCUCUGAUAGUCUUGGCUCUCACAAGCCAGGCACAGAAUUUGCUCAGUAUAUGGAUGAGACAUCUUCAAUGAAAACCUAAGUGGUUACUGUCAGUGAUGUUAGUCAGACUCUUUGAGUCAAUGAUAUAUCAACCCCCCAGGCAGAUGUUUCACUGGUGGAGGUGGCAUCUUUAGGAUGAGGGGGGAGUUAAAAAAAAAAAAAGGCCUCAUGGCCAUUGGAGACCCCGUGACACUUUCUGCAAGAGUGGGAGUAUUUGCUAGAUAACCUAGCCAGACUCAGGAGGAAGAGGAAAUGAUUCCCCUGAGUUCAGCACUUCACAUUGAUAAAGCACCUUACAUCCUGAAGUAGUGAUGCUAUUAUGGGUGUGUUCCCCCCUUUGACCCAAGCAGCACAUCAAAGUUCAAGGCCCUGUGGGUUGUUUCCACUAGGAAGAGAAAAUAAUGGAGGCAGGUAUUUCUUUGAUGCAAUCCUGUUUAUGUAUACAGAAUGUGCAAAGUCCAAUUUCCGUGAACAAAAGGAGGAAAUUACAACAGAAGACAACGUCCUUUCUUUCAGCCCAUAGCCCCAACCCAAAUCUCUCUCUCUAGCUUCUUGCAGGGCCACAUCAUACUAUGUCUCUCUGUCCUGAGUUUGUGUGUGCGCGCACCCCCCCCCCCCAGUCCUUCCCCCUAGAUUGUAAGUUCCUCAGCUGACAUGUUUGUUCCUUUGUUUUGAGCUUGUUUAACUGUCUUUUACAGUUCUCUUAAGUGAAGGGUGGCAGUUAAACCUGCAACAGGCGCUAUGAUUUCCAGUUUUAUAUAAAAUGGUUACUCACCUUCUUACAACAGUUGUUCUUAGAGAUGUGUUGUGCAUAUCCAUUCCAAUCAGGUGUGCACGACAGCUGGAAGAUUUUCCACCUAGCAGUAUUCGUAGGGUCAGCCUGGGCGCUCUCUGGAGUCGCACCUUCAUGGCGCCCAAUAUAGGGCCCUGCUGAUCUGACCCCCACCUCAGUUCCCUUCUUGCCGGGUACCCUGACAGAGGGGUAGGAGGGUGGAUAUUGGAAUGGACAUGAACAACACAUCUCAAAGAGCAACAGUUAUGAGAAGGUGAGUAACUGUUUUUUCUUCAAGUGCUUGUUCAUGUCAAUUCCAAUCACGUGAAUUAUAAGCCCAAAUUCAGCAGGCGGGGUUGGAGUUGUCCACCAACUGGAGUACCGCUCUACCAAAGGCCACAUGGUCUCUGGCCUGCUGGGUAAUUGCAUAAAGUGUAUAUGGAGGAUCAUGUCAUUGCCCAGCAUAUUUCCUGGGUAGGAACGUGAGCCAGGAAAGCCAUUGAAUAGGCCUGCACCCUGGUGGAGUGCGCAGGGAUCAGAGGGCCCAGCCCUUCUGCCAGGCUGUAGCACUCAUGGAUGCAGGACAUGAUCCACAACAAAAUUCAUUGAGAAGAGACUGGAAGACCUUUCAUUCUGUCUGCCUUAAAUUAGAGUGAAUACAUGAAGACUCGGCACACCACUUCUGUAAUAUACAAAGUUUUUUAGCUAAUUGUAAUGUAAUUUUUUUAUAAGGGCUGCAGAGCACUCGGACCAGGCCAGGAGCAGAGCCCUGGGCUGGCUGCCAGUACCCCAGGCCGGCAGGAGGGCUGAGCAGGGCCAGAGGCCCGGACCCCAGCUAGCAGGGGGCCGGGCGGCUGGAACCCCAGACCAACAGCGAGGUGAGCGGGGCCAGUGGCUAGUAUCCCAGGCUGGCAGCAGGCUGAGCGGGGCCGAAGGCCGGGACCCCUGCUGGCAAGAGGCCGGCGGCCAGAACCCCAGACUGGCAGCGGGCUUAGCGGGGCCAGCAGACAGAACCCCAGAUGCGUGCCGACCCCUGGGAGGAAGAUGUCCUGGUUGAUGUGAAACUGGGAAACAACCUUUGGGAGGAAUGCAGGAUGUGGCCUGAGCUGAAUCUUGUCCUUGUAGAACACCAUGUAAGGGGGCUCUGAUGUUAGGGCCUUGAGCUCAGACACCCUCCUGGCUGAGGUUAUUGCCACCAGAAACGCUACCUUGUACGAGAGGUAGAGCAGGGAGCACGUUGCUAGUGGUUCAAAAGGCAGCGCCAUCAGUCUGGAAAGGACCAGGUUGAGAUCCCAGGCCCGGACUGGCUCCCUGACUUGUAGGUAUAGUCUGUUGAGACCUUUGAGGAAACGGCUGACCAUAGGGUUAGCAAAGACUGAUCAGCGCUCUGAACCUUGAUGGAAUGCAGAGAUGGCAGCCAAGUGAACCCUUAUUGACCACAUGGACAACGCCUGCUGCUUGAGAUGGAGGAGCUAGUCUGACGUAAAUGGCACAGAGGCAAGGAUCUGCUUUAGCCAGCCAAGACUGCAUCUUUUGUAAUAUUACUGUGAACCCUGUGACCAGAAAGCCAGCCAAAAGCCUUAACCUGACAUACCAGUGUCAGGUGUGCCACGUCUCAGAGUGCAAAAGGAUGUGCUGACCCAUGUGUCUUUAGCAGCGAGGUUGCAAGUAAAAAUCAGCACCAGAGACAGAAACUAUACUUUUUCUGUAUCUUUAAUAAAAGGUUAAAAAAAAUGGUGUGUUUGCAAUACAACUAAGCAGGCCAAAGCCUUUGUACUCAACCUCCCAAACCAUGUUUGACUGUUUAGUGUUGUACAGUGACAGGGUCAUGUUAACACCUUUGACUCUAUUGGCCCACUUACUCUAUUUAAAUUAACACAACAGCAUGCUCUGGGAAGAGCAACAGUUGCCAAACUCUCACUCUCUGAAAGGGAGAAGCAAAAUAUAUACAAAGCCAGAAAAGUUAACUGUAAU